UUGUUCAACUGCUUUGUGACAUAGAUUUAGAUGUAAAAGCUGCUACAGCUGUCUUAAAUGGACAGGAUAAUAAAUUAAAAGACUCGGCAAGAAAUAAACUUUGUUCAGUGAUUAUAAAAUAUGAGCUGAAAGAAGAUGAAAACAAAAAAAUAAGCCAAAAACGAUUUCAAGAAAUAGCUUCGCAGAUACAAAGUGCAAUUCCAGGAGAAGUUGAGGAGGCAUAAAAAAGUAAAUGCUAAUGGCAAACUUUAUGACAAGUAUACAAAUUAUGUUAAACAUUUACGCAAAAGUGGAUUGAGGCAAAAAAGAAAGAUAAAAUCGACAGAUUUUGAAUCAGAUUUGGUAUUAUAUAAAAUAAAAUGUAAUUUUAAACGACGAUUUGAUGGGAAAGCUUGAGUGGCUUCGUAAUCAUAAAGAACCAUAUGAAGAAGUAAAAGAAUACUGGGACGCUGCUACUCACGAAGUAAGAUUAGCACAGCUACGACGGGAACCAGGUAGCGUUUAUGAUUACAUCAUUGAAUAUAAUGCUCUUCAAUUGACAACUGGCUACAAAUUACUUCAAGCAGAUUUUAAGAAAUUAUAUCCUGAUUAUGAUACACGAAUGUGGAGUAAAUGGACAGAGUUUGCAAGAAAAGUAUCACUACUAUUGUCUCUAGAAGAUAUUUAUGAUUUAAAUAUCUUCUUACAAUUAGGAUAUCUUUUUACUCCAGUUCCUGUACCUCUAAUUAAUGGAAAGAGAUGGAAGCUUUCUACACAGAAAAUGAUAGAUGGAUUCAUUCUUCAUGUAAAGAUAAUGAAUGAUUUGGUGCCCAAUAUCCAAAGAAUUAGAAGCAGAGCUCAACAAUUGAAGACUAAAAAAAUUCAACCGCUUGUUGUCGCUGUGGGACCUACUCUGUCACUGUGCAAAGAUUUUUAUGUAGUAAUUGAUAAAAAUUACUAUAGGUUUGAUAACAUUCGGACGGCAGUAGAUACAUGUUUUAAAUGCGUGCAUGCUUUGCAUGCUGAAUAUUUUCCUCAAAGUGAGGCAAUAUGGUAUUUUUUACAAUUUGCAUUGUACGAAUUACGUACACAAUGGGACAAUAUAAUACCUCAAGUGAGUAAACAAUUAAAAUCUUUUUCUGAAAAAUAAUACUUUUGAAUUCGUUUCUUUACUGUAACAAGACAAUUUAAUUAACAGUUUAAUAUUAGAAAUUUUGAUAAGGUUUAUUUUAUUUUUAAGUUAAACAUAUAUUUGUCGUACGAUUGUCAUCAUGCCUCGCUGCAUUAUAAAAACUUGUAGCCAUGCUCUAUUUCCAUCUGUUAAAGCACUCUAUCUUCACAUUGAAAUGUGUCAUCAAUGCCAUUUAAAUGAGAAAAUUAUGUGUCAAGAAGAAAAAUGUUGUAGAGAUUUUAAAGGUUGGCGUUCCUUUCGUAGACACUUGAUGUCACUUCAUAAAGUUCCCGCCGCAUUAAAUUCUGCUCAUAGAUGUGAAAGAAAGCCUGAUAUUAACAUUAAUAUCAUGCCUAAUUAUCAAGAUAUAAAUAUAGUCACUGAUCGUCAAAAUGUGAUUAACAAUGAGAAUUCUGAAACUGUUGAAAGUAUUUUGCAACAAGACUUUGCCUUGCAUUUUGUAAGUAAACUUUAUGUCACUCCAAGCCUUCCACGGAAUAUUGUUCAAUUCAUAGUGGAUGAGACACACGAUCUUCUCUAUAACAUUUCGUCACUUGUUAUUCCUUCAAUUAUAAGUAAUUUGGAAAAUAUUCCUUUGAAUGAAAAUAUAUUAACUGCCAUAGAGAAAGGAUUGGAAAUCCUUAAAGAACCUUUUAAAAAUAUGGAAACAGAAUACCAAAGACUGAAAAAAAUAAAGUUUAGUGGAUAUUAUAUAGAGGCAAAAGAUUAUGUAGUUGGAAGUCGCUUUGAUGAGAAACUUAUUCAAAGUCAUAUCAUAAAAGAAAUGUGUGAUAUUAAAGCUAAGUUUAUACCUAUAAGAACAGUUUUGCAACAAUUCCUAUCUCUUCCAGCAGUAUUGGAAACUAUUCUUCAUUAUAUGGAUAGUCUCCAGAAAGAGAAAGGAGUGUUCUCUAAUUUUAUUCAAGGCGAGAUAUGGCAAAAUAAAAUGCAACUUUAUUAUAAAGAUAAAAUUGUUAUUCCUCUUUUUCUUUUUUUUUUUUUUUGAUGAUUUAGAAGUUAAUAAUGUAUUCGGUUUUCAUGCUACUAUUUAAAAACUUGGUGCUGUUUUCUAUUCUAUACCAUGUCCGCCUCCUCAAUUUUCUUCUCAAUUAAGUAACAUUUUCCUUGCUUUAUUGUUCCACUCUGCGGAUAGAAGUGAAUUUCAAAAUAAUAAUGUCUUUGAUAUUCUUGUAAAAGAAAUCAAUUUCUUACAGAAAGAAGGUUUGUAUAUUCAAACCGAGACAGGUCCUGUUCAAAUAUUUUUUGCUUUAGGUUUAAUAUUGGGGGACAAUUUGAGGUUAAAUUCAGCAUUAGAUUUUGCAGGAGGUUUUAACGCUACAUAUUACUGUCGUUUAUGUAAAAUGUCACAACAUGAAGCUCAUUCGUGCUGUAUUGAAAAAGAAAUUCUCUCACGAACUGAAGACUAUUACAAUAAUCACUUAGAAACUAAAAAUCUAAAAGAUAGUGGUAUUAAACAAAACAGUAUAUAGAAUAAAAUAGAUUAUUUCCAUGUAACUUCUAAUGCUGCAGUAGACAAAAUGCAUGAUUUAGAUGAGGGCGUAUAUAAAUAUGGAAUGGUUCACAUUCUGUAUCAUUACAUUAUUAACACAAAACAAAUUUCUUUGUCCUGUCUAAAUGAACGACUAAAAGCAUUUGAUUGUGGUUGCAAUGACAUAACAAACAAGCCACCUCUCAUAACCGAUGAUGAAAUAAGGAAAAAGGAUUUAAAAUUUUUGGCUAGUGAAAUGAGUAAUUUUAUAUUAUUAUUUCCUUUUCUUGUUGGUGAAGAUAUACUUCAUGAUGAUGUAUGGCACUAUUUCUUGAUUCUUCGUAAGAUACAUGUCAUUGUUAAUGCUAAAUUUCUUCAGAAGAAAUGUAGUGACUUAUUAGGAGUUCUAAUACAAGAACAUCAUGAAAAGUAUCUUCAUCUUUUCCAUGACAAUCUUAAAUGUAAGCAUCAUAAUAUGACUCAUUAUAAAACAAUAAUGAAAAAAAGCGGUCCUCUGUCUCAUUUGAGUGUUAUGCGUUUUGAAUAAAAAAAUCGUUUACUUAAACUUGCCGCAAAUACAACUUGUUCCCGUAAAAAUAUUACUCAUACAUUAGCCAUAAAAGAACAGCUAAAUUUAUGUCACAGACUGUUAUCUAAAGCAACAUUAUAUAAAAAUCAGAAAAUGGGGCCUGUCCUUUUUGCUGAUCACAUUUCUCAAAUUCAUGGAUUUGAUUCGUUUAAAAUUUCUUUAUCUCCUGAUUUCAUGGGAAAAUGUAUAGAGGUUGCAUGGGUGCAGCAUAGAGGUGUAAUAUACAAACCUAAUUUCUGUGUAGUUAUUGAUAUUUUAGAUAAUCUUGCCACAUUUGGCGUUAUACAAAAAA